CCAUGAUGUGUGCGGUUGCUAUGGGAACAGCCGGCGAGCGGGAUGGGAGCCGGCGGGGCAGCGCCUGUUGCCGGCGACAGCCGCCCCCCGGUAACUACCCCAGAGUGCUGAUUUGGCAGGCGGAUUCCGGGUUCAGUCGUCACCCGUGAAGACACUGAUGGCUGACUGAGUGCUGCCUGUAAGCGGUGGGGCAGAGCCCACUGCGAUACCUCGUUUUCAUCCAGCGUGGUUGUUUGCUAGGCUUUGGAAGCAUUUUUGGUCUUCCAGAUCAGAGUAAGGCAAGCUUCAAAGAAUGAAAACAUGGAAAAGCCAGAGCCGUUCUACAAACUUCCAGUGUCAAAGCAGAAGACCAGUUCUGAGAUUAUAAAUGAAGCCAGAAGUGUUCUACGAACACUAAGAACUCAGAGGCCGUUUACACCUGCAGAGGAUCAAAGGAAACUUUUUGGAUCUGAAUCUUCACGGGCUCCUCAAAAUAGACCUCCUUCGGUUUUUAGUCUUCAUGCUUCCAGUUUUGAUUUGGCUGAAUCAAGACCUGCUUCUGGUGUUCGUCUUAGCCCAUUGGAUCAUAAGCCAGUACUAGUCAUUUCAUCGAAGGAUGAAGAUUCUUCUGUUUCCCUUCCAAAGCCUGCAGUGGAUGCUGCAGAGGUUAGGAAAAUCAGCAAUGCUAGGGCACAGUUAUUUAGAAGAACUUCUCAGGGAGAUGCCUUUCCUGCUAAAAUGGCUCCACUGGAUCACCAUGAAGAGAAGCUUGAUUGUGAAGAACCAGCUAUGAUGAGUAGUCUUCAUGGAACUAAUGAUAACUGCUUAGCAGAGCAAAGGGCAUACAUACCAUUUAAUGACAAAAGCGGACAAUUAAUUUGUAAUGAGCAUAGUGGUAAACCGGAAAGGGAAGAUGUUCUAAAAGGCACAGCAGGAAAACUUUUAUUUCAGCUAAAAGGUGAAAGUAACCAGAUAAAAAAGCAUGGCAUGGUUGCAUCAAAGCCAAGGAGUAUAGACUUCAAGAGAAGAUUAACAGGAUUAGAGGAUGAUAUGAGAAUAGAUGAACUGGAAGAGGAAAAAAGCUUUUGGCAUGUGAAGGUUCUACCAAUUCUACAGGAACUGGAAAGCGAAGACAACGUAGAAAGUCUUUGUUUGGCUUGCACCAAACUCUAUCAAGUCUUGAAUGAAGGAAAUAUGCUUGGAAAAAGAUUUAAAGGAAGAAGUAUGCUUCUGAAGACAUUAUAUAAACUUGUAGAAAUUGAUUCAGAUCCACUUUGCCUGAAGCUGGCAAAGAUUAUUCUGUCUAUGAAAGUGGAUGGAAAAAAUCUUCUCGGAGCCUGCAAGCUUGCGUUUAAAGUUUGCAGGAAUGGAAAAAAUGACUACCUCAUUCAAAAUGAUACAUUACUAGAUUGUUUACUGGAGGUCCUGAGAACUGAAGAUCUACAGAAGAACAAUGAAGCUAUCCUGUAUUGCUUGGGAGCUAUAAAAUUUAUGUCUGGAAAUGCAGUGCUCCUUAAUGAAAUGGUCAACAAAGGAGCUGUCGAAAUGUUGCUGCAGUUAAUGAAGCAGAUUAAUAACAUAAAAGAAAAUGACUCACAUUUCUCCAGCUUGAGCCACCUAUUAGUCCAGCUAACAGCUACUUUACGAAACUUGGCUGACUUACCUCAGACAAGAUGCCAGCUCAUUUGCAGUGGUGCUGUCUAUGAGUUCUGUGUGGCACUGGAGCAACAUAUGAUUGACAAGGAUGUGUGCACCUACAUUGUCAGAAUUUUCAGCAAACUUUCUUCGUACAAUGACUUCUGUGCAGCUUUAGCGGACUGCUCCAGAUGUUACAUCUUAUUUUUAGCCCUACUAAACAAACACCAGAAGCAGCAGGACUUGGUUAUCCGUAUCAUCUUUAUUCUUGGUAAUUUAACAGCAAAGAGUAACCAGGCCCGUGAGCAAUUUUUUAAAGAAGAAGGAAGUGUUAACACCUUGAUGUCAUUAUUCCAAACCUACCAUGAACUUGAUUUGAAUGAAGAGAAAUGGUACCAUGAAAGAGGAAGGGAAGAAAAAAAAAACCCAAAGCAUCCUUCCAAAGCAGAAGAUGUUCUGAUAAAACUGAUAAGAGUGCUGGCCAAUCUGUCCGUUCAUCCCAGUGUAGGAGCAGCUCUGGCAGCUGCCCAUCAUGUUGUAGAAUUACUUGUUACAGUACUAGAAUAUAAGUCAGUUGAAGUCUGCGAGGAGUUGGUGAUCAAUGCUGCAACCACAAUCAACAAUUUAUCCUUCUACAAAGUGAAGAGUUCUGCAGUUCAAGACAAGAAGCUACGCAUUGCUGAAAUGCUUUUAAAGCUGUUAAUGAGCAACAAUAUGGAUGGAGUUGUGGAAGCUGUCAGAGUCUUUGGCAAUCUUUCCCAAUAUCAUGAGAUCUGUGACUUCAUCGUACAGAAAAAGAUACACAAGUUCGUGAUUGCUUUACUUGAUGCCAAGAAUCAAGAUGUCUGUUUUUCUGCCUGUGGAGUCUUGCUCAAUCUCACAGUAGAUAAGGACAGACGAGCUCUUCUGAUGGAAGAAGGAGGAAUUGGGAAGUUAGUUGACUGCUUACGAGACUUUGGGCCAGCAGACUUGCAGCUGGCUUGUUUGAUAUGCAAAACCCUCUGGAACUACAGUGAAAACAUCACAAGUGCAGCCUUGUGCUUUGGAGAAGAUACUGACACAUUGCUGAUGCUGCUCACAUCACUCUUAGAUGAAGAGCUUGCGUUGGGCUACGGCCUUGACAGAGGGGACCGCCACAAACUAUACUGGGAAACAGAGUUCAAACCUGUGGCAGAAAAACUUCUGGACAGAAUUCGGACCCAUCACUCCUCUGUUUCCGCUGCGAUCAUUACUGCAUUUUAAUCUGCCUGGGCCUUUUUUUUUUUUUUUUUUUUCUUGUGUGAUGUAGAUUGUACAGAUAUAUUUUUGCAAUAUAUGUUGCCAUUGGUAAGUGUGUUGGACAGCACAGGAAGUUAAUGUUUAGAAAGUUGGUAAAGCCUAGUAUUUAUAUAAGGGAUACUAUACUAUCUUUUAAAGGGGCUUGCCUGAAAUUUUUGCAUUGUAAUUACAUUUUAGAAUAUAUUUGAGUUUCUCAAGCAUCCAUUCAGUAAGAUUUUUCUUGGCUGGCAAAAAGAAAGAAAACCAUUUGCUGAACCUCUCAUUUUAAAAAGGGAGUUAUCAGUGGAUACUUGGAUCCUGUGUGUCAUAAAUGAAUAUUGCUUGGUAGAAGCAAUCUCUUACCCAAAGACUUGGACACACUUUUACUUUAUAUGAAAUUCUGCAACAGAAUAACCCAGGUGCUAGGGGUGGGCAUACUGGUGUGUUACAUCAUUGCAUUCACUCUUCAAGCUGAAGGCUCCCACAGUCAGGAGGAAAGUUGCUCUUCAGAGAUCCCCCUUUCUUUACCUGAUGCCACCUGGUUGGAAUGUCUCAACUCCUGCAGUGAUGCUGUCAGGAUGCAGGCCAGCUGUUGCAGGUAAGGGGCAUUUCUGAAUCAACGUCUUAUUGCAAAAUACCCAUGCACCCAACAUAAGAUUUCAGCUUGGUCAGGUGUGUGCCUCCUUCAGCUGUUCUUAUGUUCUCAGGAGCUGUGUGUGCCAGUGCUUCCGUCUGUCCUGGCAUGCUGUGUCUUCUGGGCUCAUGUCUCCAUUCGUUUGGCAAAAGCAGGGCAGCCCCCUACAUUGUUCACAUUCCUUAUGCUUGCUCUUGGCCUGUUCAUUGGCUGUGUGGUGGCUUCCAUUGCUACAGUCUACAGCAGAGAGCUUAGUAUGGUUUAGCUCUGACAGCAGUUCUGCUGAACUCAAAAAGACCUGUUCCUUUUCUUUGAUCUAUUCCUUAUUGUUCUUUCUUUUGCCAUUUUAAUUUUAGCUAAAGUUUAGAGGGGAGAUAAACAGCUUCAAUGCCCCAUUUGCUCCUUGGCCGAAAGAGUGGAUGUGAUUUUCAGGCAUAUGAAAGAAGGCACGAUGGGUGAGAGAGUGCUGGAGGCAUUUGUUCUUGGCAUUCGCAUCAAGGCAGAAGGCAGGAGAACACCAUGCUGCGUGGUGCAGGGUGGGGAUGCAGCAAACAGACCUCGUGGCUAAGUCCUGUCAGAAGCUCUAAUCAGAACUGUGAAAUCCUCAUUUUGUCUGUCAGAAGGCAGCCGGAGAAAGACUUCUUGCUCAAGUCCUUGUGAUGGCAGAAAUGGAGGCAAUUAAAAUUAGUUCAAAGAAAAUGUUAGUUAUUUCAGUAAACGCAAGUUAUUGCAGUAGUUCAAGCAACUGAACUGUAAACAGCAGUGCAGGGUGUCCUGUAGCAUAGCAGAACGGGAUGUCCCAAACUGAAGAGAGAAGCUGGGACAGCCCAUGGGUGUUACCUCUGUCCCUCUGUUAAGGGUUUAUUCUGUGACAGUCUUAGGAAGAGGCACACCAUAGGAAUGCUAAGGAGGGCAGAGGACAGCUGAGGCCUCAGAGAACCCGUGGAGCCUCACAGGUCUGUCUCUUUUUCUGAGCAAAACUCUUAAUAAUUGUAAGCCCCGAAAUGCUGAAUUUUUGGUGUAUUCGUAUUGCAUCUUUUACCAUAUGGUUGUGUUUAUGACAAACCUCAGUGCAGGAGUUCUCUUGUGAUGUAAGGAGCCAUUUCUAUUUAGAAACCAAGCACAUAGCCUCUUGCCCUGUUGUUAUUUUUUAUGCCUUGGGAGAGUGGGUUCUCAUUCACACGUGCAAAGUUAUGAACUGAAACUGUGAAGAUAUAAAGCCAGGGGCUGCUGGGGAGGACUGUGAAUUGCCCAUGGGCAGAUGGUCUGUCACGUUCCUAUGGGUGGAGAUAGAAAAGAAAAUGCUGGUUUUGUUAUUUUACUAGUGCCUCGUGGGCCCAUGCAGCAGCCAGCCGUUAGCUCCCACCCCUCCUGCUAGCAGAGGGUGUGUUCAUACUGUCCUAGGAGGAAGGCCACGGCAACACCGUCUCCUUCCAUGGCCUUUUGGACAGGUUCCCCCACCUACAUCUUUUGGAGUGAGUUGAGUUGCUGCCACUACUUGCCCACGAUGCGUGGGGAAGCACUGAGGUAUUGUUUCUGCAUGCACAGAAGCUGCUGCACUGUGUGGCCACGGGCUGAGGCUCUGCAGGAGCUGCUCAGGGCUGACAGCCUGCAGCAGCCACUCACAUCAGUGUUUGCAGAGGUGUCACGGCUUCUUCCUCACCCCCAGCAUCACACACAGCUUCUGCUCUGUGCAGCAGGAGCCAACUGCCACUUUCCUGGAGUGUGACUGUCACUGGCAUCUUGACCAUUUUCAUGUGUGUAAAGAUGAUACUGCUCUUAACAGCCUUGCUCCCCUAGUUCUUAGGACCUCAAAUGCCUUAACUCCAUUCAUGGGAAAACCCAAAUGUUUUCAGAUAGAUUACUCUCAGGUAAGCAGCUCUGUGUGGUUAGGAUUGACUGUGAGCACUGUUUGAAAAUGUGGCAGGAAGAAGCCCUUUGCACACACAGUUUGCUCUUUGAAAAGGAAGAGGGUGCCUGCAUAUGCCAGCUUGUGGCUGGAGAUUUCAUGCUGGAAAUGGACAGGUGAGGCUUUGUGGAAGUCUGUCUACCUCUGAGCCAAUAAAUGAGCACCAGGAGCAACAGAUGCUGCAGAAAAUCGAUUUCCAAAGGGGGAAGACACUUUUUUUUUUUUUUUGGUAUGUCCUUAGGCUUAGCUUAGUUUUAUGAUUUUUUAGACAGGAAAGUUUUGCACUGUUUUUGGAACAUUAGAAAUCCUGUAUUUUUAGUUAAGAGGAAAUAGCAGAUGCUUCCUGUUAGUCACGAUUUUUGACAGUUUAUUAAUCUUUCUCCCCUAGAUCAUUUUAAAUGUUUUAGCUUUUUGGACUACAAGCCUAAAAGUAUUGUCAGAGUGUCCUGCAGCAGCAGAAACCAGUUUGAGCUAGCUCAGUUCUACUGGUGGGACUGGAUAUGUCCAUUUAUUUCCUGCCCUACUACUGUAAGUUUUGACACGUGAGGUUACUAGAACCCCAUCACAGCCAGCUGCAGGAGUGCAUCCAAAGCGGUUUGUCACAACUCUGUGGCUUUCAGUGAGGCCUUCGAAACCCUCUCUCCCAGUGUCCUUCUGGACACGUUGUCCAGCUGUGAGAUAAACCUGUGAGGACACAGAAAAAUCCAUACAGCAGAGCACACCUGAAUAGCAGGUAGCAAACUAAGGGAAAGAAUGAGGGAGGAUAGUGGGCAAAUUGAUGAUGGAUCUUCCUAGGAUAGUGAAGAACUUUGUUUUUUUUAAACUUUACCUCCUCCCUGCUUUAGACUGUUGGAAAAGUCAUGCU